AUGGAGCAAGAAUUCGUCAUUGGUCAAGAUGAAGAUUCAACAGAGCAACUACCCAACAUCACAGCGAACUUGCAAGCAUAUCGAUCUAAGAAGCUUGUACGGUAUCCGAAGCUCGUUACUUAUUGGUCGAAUGGGGAGCAGCUUUGUGAGCAACGGCCUUUUGAUUGGGAUGAGUUUGAAGUCCUCAAUCAAGCGCAUGGUGGACAUAAAGGUUUUUGGAGGGAAGGCGUAAGUAUUGGAGGUUCUAAUCUUGGUCUACGGUCUCACUCACAAUCUCUUGUCAAGAAGGUUGGGCCUGGCUCCCAAGGUACGCUUUCCAUCAACUUAAAGUCAAAAAGCGCACCGAAUAAGAAAAUCGCCAACUUUCUCGCACACUUGAAGGUCCAUCUAGCCCUCCGCCUCCCAGGCUACCAAUGGUGGGUCGAACUACCUUUCAUGUACGACACCGGCGCAAGUUGCAUGUCCAUAUACCACGGCGACCUAAACAUGCUCAUGGGCCCGCCCCGGAUCCCCCCCAAACCCCUGGUCCCCCGUCCUCUACGCCUCAUCCUACACAACCGCCUCGGGCGCUACACUGAUGAACGUCAUCGAAAUAGAAGUCACCCUCCUCGACAGUCGCGAUCCCAGCGCGAAAAGUCUAACACGCUGGACUCGAAUGGAAUGUACCGUCAAGCCGGGCUUUUACAGAGGCGCAAGUUCAAUGCCUAG